CACUGGAAACGGUUUGGGUUGGAACCCAUAUCUCACAUCGUCGGCAAUGUUUGGUAUCGUGCUCUUUCAUCAAAAAAUUUCAUGCCGAGCCACAUUACACAAUCUAGUUUCCGAGUCCUCUCCCUCCCCCAAUUGUAUAUUCUGCCCUACCACUCCCGACACUACUCAUUUCCUAUAUGCCUGUCCUAGCAAGUGGGCCAUCUGGUCCACUAUAUGGUCUGAUCUUUUCCUUUUUUCGCCUACAUCUUCACCAAGUUCACCAUGCUAUUUUCUCUCUCGUCUUCCUAUUUAAACCUUCCUCCGUGAGCAGCCAUGUCAUUAUUGCAUGCAUUUUACACGGCUUAUGGUCUGCUCACUGGCGCUAUGUAUUUGACCAAGUACCUUUCAUCCAUGACACCAUUUGCUGUGAUAUCCACUUUCUCGUCACCAGUAAUCGUCCUUUACUAUCCUAUGAACCCCUUAAGCCACUCAUCAACUAUGAUGUAUCGCUUUUCAACACUUACUAUCCUUCCUGCCUCUCUCUUUCACCUACACAUACAAACUCACUCACUCCAAAAAAAAGGAAGAUCGAACAGUAUCUCCAGUGACUCCAGUACCAAUACCUUUCAAUAGUUCCAACCACCCGCCUCCGUCGCUCUCCCGGGUCUCUUGUUUCCUAUCCGCGCUUACACCUUAUUCUUCUUGUCUCUAUCUCUUUCAUUCCCCGAUAUGUAUAAUAUAUUCACUGUCUUCCGCUGAAG